UUGGCGCUGCUCUUCUUUGUGUUUCUUUCCCUCUACCAACACCAACAGUACAUAUACACGCGAAGAGAAGCUAUUUUUUCCUCUUCAACUUCCUCAGAAUAUUCAAUCUUCGCCUUUCUCCUUUGAAAAUUCUCUAACGCUACUCUUUUCUAGAAAAAUCAGAUUCAAUGGACUCUAGCUUCUACAAUGAAAGCAACAAACUCAACGUCCUAAAGAGUAGCAACAUUCCGAAAUUGACGACAACUCCAGCAAGAAGCCGUGGCAACUACUAUUCAUCACCCGAGAACCUCAUAAAGCACCUACGCUCAAACUCUGUGUCUAGUAGUGGCGGCAAUAGCGGCUCCUCCGGGAAAAGCUGCUUCAGAUCAUCGGUUUCGCCACAGUUGGAGAAGACACCACUGAAGGUUGUGGAUGAAGAUGUGUUUGUAAUGGACGGAGUUCUUGUUGCUUCUGAUACUAAUAUCAUAGGUUCCGGUUCUUCGUCUUCGGGAAGUUUUGGUUUCUAUAAGUCAGAAAUUUGCAGGGCUUGGGAUGAGUUCGGCCAUUGCCGAUAUGGAUCCAAGUGUCAGGUAUAUUUCUCUGCUGAAUUGUCUAAUAUGAUUGAAAUCUCAUGAUUGUGUUAAUGUUAUAAUAAC